AUCUGAAAGGAAGAAAGGGCAAAUUAAAGCAAAUUCUCAAUGUAUAUGGCACAUUCCCCGGUCAAGUGGGAAAUUGGAACCUUGUUUUCACUUUCUCUCCACACUCCAGCUCAUUUUUUAAUUUCGUUUCACAAAAUUAAAGUUCUGUUUUAAAAUUAAUAUGGAGGGGGGCGGAUACUCAUUUGAUGAUGAUAAGGGACCCGUUGUUCCAAUAAUGGAGGAGGAGGAAGUCGCUGGGCCGUCUUCAAACAAACGGUCAAAGCGGGAGCCAUCACCUACUCCCCCACCGGCCCCCACUUCUGCCAAAUUGUUACUCGUGGAGAAAGCAAAGGACCCUCUCGCCCCUAUAGGAUAUCUCAACCCUCCUGGGACAAAAGACAAAACGAAGAGGAAAUUGGUCACGGCUACAAGUUCAGCUAGGGAGGAUGACGACUUUGAACCAGUGCCAUGGUACUACUUCCCAGAGGAGGAUGAGAUGCAAAUGGAGAACGAGGACAGCGGGGUGAUCUACGUUCGACAAGGAGUACUGGCUGAAGAGUUUAAAGUCAGAUACACGACUUCUGAGUCUAGGACUGGGAAAAUUAGUCUAGAUAAAGGUGUCCAUCUCAUUAAGAAAACCAUUCUACAAUUAGUUGGCAAAGACUCGCCAUCCUCACUUCAUGAGCUGGAUAUCGAGGAGUCGUCCCCCGAGCUCAUUUUCACCCAAGAAGAGGAGGGUUUGAGUGAUGACGAAAGAGAGCUCCUCUUUACAAAGAUUUUCGCAGCAGGUGGACGAGUUCCGGUCACUGAUAAACCUGACUGGAAUCUAAUAAUCCACAGAGCUCCAACCACGGGAAUAAUUCAUUUGUGUCUCGAGAGAAAAACAGAAAGAUAUGAAGAAACGAGAUAUAUAGCCUAUAGAUUGUGUACUAAGCGUGACUGCUACCAGAUUAACACUAGCGAGUGAUAUACUUCCAAAAUGUGCAAUUCAUAAAGAUAAGCUGAUUUUCACCGUGGUGACAGUGACUCCGUAUGAAGACAAAGAAGCUCUUGUUAUGAUGCACAUGAAGUUUAUAACCUCCGUCCGGAUGGAUUCGCCAGAAUUGGAGACAAAUCAUGAGGCAAACUUACGCACGUCGCAGGGAAUUUAUGCUUAUCAACAAUGGGUCAAUUAUUGUGCCACGAAGGAAGAAAAUAACAGCCCAAUACCUAAAAAUAUUUACAUGUGUCAUUUCGACAACGAGCAGGAUGCGUUAAUUCGCCUGUCAAUUGAGUCGACAAUCGGAAUGAUGAUGAAAUUAGCCCCAGGAAGUAUGCCCUUCACCAAUUUGGACGAUCUCAUACCUCUCUGUUAUGGGAUGGAAGGCGAGAUCGACACGCGUUUAAAAGAGUUGGGCAUGCAUCUCAAAAUCCGUCGCAAGUUGGACCCGGAUGAGAAGGUGGUCUAUCCCUUUCCUGGGGAGUACUUACUCCGAACGCCAGCAGCUGACACGCAACAGCCUGAGAAAGGGACGGCGUUUCUGUAUUGCAUAACAUCUAGAGACAUGUGGUAUUUUGGGUGGUCUGAUACCCCCGACUUCAAGAAACGACUGGACGGACUAAGGAGUGACGGUGUUACUGAGUACAAGCGGAUCACGGAAGCUAAGGCGUACCCACCAGGAGUCAAUGCCCCCACUCUAACGUGCUCACUCUUGGCUAAAUGUGACACCAAGGAUAAGGAGAUGAUUGAGGCGAAGAUGAUAACUGCCGGUUACAUUGCCUACUUACUAGGACUCCGAAAUCCACUCCGCCCUCCCAAUCGUUCAGCUCACUGUUACUCGACGAAUAAGUGCGUCAGUUUGGGCCUUGUUGGCCCUGGAGCAUGGAACGAGAUUUCUCAGUUUAUUCAGCUAUUUUGGAGGAUCGAGCCGGUGUUUGGAAAAUUUGAGAAGAAGCUUCGUGUCAAGAAUCAUGGGAAAAUGGAGGCUGAAGGACCGAGUGAUGAUGAGGACGAAUCUUCCGAGGGCGAGGAUUACAAUCCAGAGAAGGAUAAGCACAGUCUGAACGAGAGCAGUGAUCUUUCUACUGAUGCUGAAUCGGAAGACAACGACUCCGAUGACUUUAAGGAUCCCAAGCCAUCAACAUCAAAGACAUCCUUGUCUCGUCUCGGGAAGCGGGUCAAAGAGGAAAAAAAGGGAAAGAGCAAGAGUUCCAAAGUUUUCUCAUCAGACUCUGAUUCAAGUUCGAAUUCUGACCAGGAGAAAACCAAGAGUAAAAAGAAAGCUGUUUCGUCUCCUCUGGCAAAAAAGUAGUGAAGAAUACAAAGAAGCGACCUUCCUCCAAGGGCUCCUCUGACGAUGGGAAGAAGAAAAAGAACAAGGCAGAUUCAGACGAAUCAUUCGUUGCGAGUGGGAGUGGUGGGAGCGGAUCUAACAGCGAUUGAACAACAGAACCUCUUGUCCAACCUCCACCUCCACCCAUCUACUUUAUUUAUUUAAGAGUUAUUAUUUACUAUUAUUUGUCAUUUCGAUGUCUAAAGUUCGUCAGUUUCAAUUAAUUCAAUUGUUGUUUACUUGUUGAUACUAAGUGCUUACCAUAAAAGCGUCUGAGUUAUUUAUUA